AUGUCCAAUGUUCCUGUAAUUGGAAUCGAUCUUGGUACUACGUACUCUUGUUUAGUCGGCGUUUUUCAAAAUGGGAAGGUGGAGAUUAUUACGAAUAAUCAAGGGAAUAGAACAACACCAAGUUAUGUCGCUUUCACCGAUACGGAAAGACUUGUGGGCGAUGCUGCGAAAAAUCAAGUUGCAAUGAAUCCCAGUAAUACUAUUUUUGAUGCGAAACGCUUAAUCGGCCGUCGUUUCGACGAUCAGACUGUU